AUGUCUAAUUUAUCCAACCAGCAAGCUCCUCCACCAGCGCCAGACCCUAGGAACGCCGAUCCACUCCUGGCGGUCCUCCGACAAGAGCUUGGUCUCAACUGGGAAUUAUACAAAGAGUUCUUGAUGAGUAUCAAAGCCGCAAUCCUCGUCGGCGACAAUGCCGCCCCACUGAUCAACCAGAUGGGACCUUUGAUACAGAAUCGAGCUUGCCACGUCGCUCACCAGGGUGUGUUAUUCUUACUGAAAGAUUUGGAAAUGAAAUGCCGCGCCACAGGUAAGACGACUGAAGUCUCCCAUUCACCUCCACUUGGCCCAAACUGGUCAUCUAUGCCACCUCCAGUCGCAAACAUGGUACCGCGUCUACAUCCGCCAUCAAGAACGUCCGUAGACCGAGUUGUACGCAACUAUUCUAGCCAAAACGCCUCAGCGCCCCGGGCACGCCCAGCUCCCGCUCCUGUUCCCAACCGACCUAGAUCCAACGUCGCGACCGCCACUCGACAUCAUCCACACAGUCAGCAAGCUCCACAGUCAACUCCUAGUCACGGCAUUGUAAUGUUCAUUGAUCCAAACUUCAAACGCGACGUCCAAGAUUUCUUUGGUCUUCCUGGCCGUCCCCGACUCACUGCUAUCUCGUACCACGAAUUUGACUCUGUACCGCACUAUGAGCCUGGUAUCGAUGAUCUUGCUUUGUGGAGGAAGAAGGUAGAAGCAGAGAUAGAGGAUGUCAUGUAG